AUGGAUAGAUAAUGUAAUUAAUAAAAUUAAUCCUAAAAUCAAACUUCUGAAACAAAAAAGAAUAUUUCAUAAGAGAUUGAAGAUUAUUCAGAAGAUAUUAGUAGAAUAAGUAGUAGUGAAGAAGAUCAAGGUCAUUUAACAAAAAAAAAAUAAAAAAGCUGUGGAUCAAGACCUAAAAGCUAAGACCUACUAAAAAAGUAUGAAGAUGACAUAAUAUUCUUAAAAAGAUCUUUGUGCUGUAGAUUUUAAAAAGAUAAUAAGCAAACAAAUAUAGAAUGGAUUAAGCAAUAAAUAGAUUAAGUUAAUAAAACAUAAAAAUUAGAGCCAAGAUUUGAAAUUUUAUCAAAAACAUUUGAUACAGAGGAUUAGAUUUUUGAAUAUUUAAAUUAAUCUUGUAAAAAACUCUUUGUUUAAUUUUUUGUUCAUAUAGACAAUAACUUAUAAAAUUCGCAAUAAUUAUACUAAAAAUUAAAGGAAUCUCUAGCCAAGAGUAAGGAUAGAAAGAAAGAAGAUGAACACAAUGUGAUUAAUCAUUUUAAAAUUUUAUUUGAGAAAUACCAUUAUGAUUUUUAGGAGUUCAAAAAUGCAUUUAGAAAAUAGUUUCCAGACUUGUACUAAAUUGCAAGAAACGAAAGUUAUCAGAUAAACACAAAAACUUAAAUGAAAAACAUCCAAGAUAAAUCUACUAAACUUAAAACUUAUUUAGAUAGAUAAAAAUCCGAUCCUAAUUGUCGCUACAAAGAUGAUAUAUACUCUUAAAAUAAAUAAUAAAAUAACAUUUUCAAUAAAUUAACAAAAGAAAGAUAAUUAUCUUAUUAAGCCUAGCCAUAAAAAAAACAAAAAAAAAUAAAUUAAGAAUUUGAUACUUCCUUUUCUGCAAAUAAAAGUAAUUAAUAAGAUGACUUUAUUGAAUAGAAUGAGUAUUUUGAUGAAAUUAGUAAAAUAAAUAAUUUUAAUUAUCACUCUCGAAAUGAGUACUCAAAAAUUCAAUAUUCAAAUGAAAGAGAUGAAAUAAGUGAGUAGGAUUCCUAGGAAACUAAAAGGAAUUAGCAAUAAGAAGAUUAAAGUAAUCAGGAUUAUGGAUUUAUUAAUAAUUAUCAAAUUAAUUAAGCUGAAUAAAAUUCUAAUAAUUUCGAAAAAUAUUAAAAGUAUUAAGCUAAUUAGGAAAAUUAAUCUUAGCUUCAAAACAAAUAUUAACUAUAAAAUUAAAAUCUAGAUAAUACCUAUCAAAAUUAAUAGUUAAAUAAUUAAAGAGAAAAUUUUGUGGAUAUUGAUUAAGAAAUUGAGCAUAAAGAUAUCAUAAUUAAUUAGUUCUCUAAUUCUAGCAUAAAUAGAAUCCUAAAAAAUAUUCCUGAAAUACUAAGCUAAACAGAAAUUCCAAAUGAAAGUAAUACUUAAAAUGAGCAAAAUUAUUAAAACAAAGAAUUUUAAACAUGCUAGUGCCUAGAAUUUCGUUAACAACUUGUAAAACAGUUAGAGAGCAAUCUAAGUUUUUUAUAAAAAACAAGCAAAAUAUUAAAAGAGCAGCUAAAUUAAAUAAAAAUUAGCCAAGAAAAAAAUUACAUAAAGCUUUGCUCUCAACAAAACAUUUAAUAGGCAUUAAAUAGCUAAGUGUUAUAGUAUGAUGAUCAAAUAUUUAGAUUGCAAAAUAAUAUCAUUGAAAGACAAAAUUAAAAAAAUACUAACAAAUUUUACUCAUAAAAGAAUUUACUAAAUAACUAAUGA